CAAUCAUGAAAAUAGAUAGUAUAUAACAAAUAAAUAAUAAUCUGAAUAAGGUUUCCCGAAAAUAGUUCUGCGGUCACUACAAAAAAAGGAGUAUCUGUUUCAUUUAUGGAACACUCCUUUUUACAGAAUUGAAAAAUUUGACAGCAGUCGUAUGUUGUUCAAAUUGAUUAAUCCUUAUGUAUAUAUUAUAAUGAUCGAUUAAUCUAUUAUUAAAUUAUUGGAUUCGUAAAAAUAUAUGUUUAAUAUAAAAUAUCAAAAUGAAUAUACUUUUCCCAUUAUUGAUUACAGUAUCUGUAUUUUUAAAUUGUUCAGGAUCAAAAGUAUUGGAAUUGAGUGAUAAAUUCGCUCAAAUCCGUAAGCAAAGUAAUACACUAUGGCUUGUGAAGUUUUAUGCACCUUGGUGUGGUCAUUGCAAACGACUUGAACCUGUGUGGGCACAGGUUUCUCAAGCACUUUAUAGAACUAAUGUAAGGGUGGGUAGAGUAGAUUGUACUCGCUUCACAUCUAUAGCUUCUGAAUUUUCAAUUAAUGGUUUUCCAACCAUAAAAUUUAUCACAUCAGAUGAGGACUUCACGUACCAUGGUGAUCGAAAUAAAGAAGACAUAAUCAAUUUUGCUCUGAGAAUGGCGGGACCUCCGAUUCAACAAGUUACAAGGCCAGAAAGCAUAACAAAUCUUCAAGGCAUGAAUCAACUAUUUUUCAUGUAUGUUGGGGAUCAAGAAGGUCCAUUAUGGGAUUCUUUCAAUAAUAUUGCCUCUAAAAUGCAACCGCAUAGUUUCUUUUAUGUUGCAUCUAAGGAAAUAGCUGGUUCUCAUUUCAAUAUCACUACUGAUUUGCCUGCUGUUUUUGUCCAUAAGGACAAUGCUCAUUAUUUUUAUACAGUUGAUGCAAACACAAGUGAUCCAGAGCACUUCAACAAUACAAUGUACAAUUGGAUCAAUGAAGAACGUUUUGCAACAUUCCCUAAAAUAACUAGAGGCAAUAUCAAUGAGAUACUACAGACUAAGAAAUAUAUUGUUCUUGCUGUAGUUGAAGAGGACAAGUCCCAUGAAAUACCUAGAGAAAUGUUGAAGUUUAGGAAUAUGGUAGAAUCAGUUAUCACCAAGAAUCGUGAAAAAUACCACAAGUAUUUUCAGUUUGGUUGGGUGGGAAGCCCAGACCUAGCAAAUAGCAUUGCCAUGCAAGUUCUACCGUUACCCUAUCUCUUGGUUUUGAACAGUACAACGAAUCACCAUCAUAUUCCAGAAGAAGAAGAUGCACUGCAGAUGACCAAAGAAUAUUUGGAGAGUUUUUUGGAAAGAAUUCAUAACCAGUCAGCACCAGUUUAUGGAGGGAAUGGUUUGAUGGUCAAAUUCUACAGGACCUAUUUUGAAGGGAGAACUGCGUUGUCAGAAAUGUGGAGGGGAAAUCCAGUUUUAACAACUGUUCUCUUUGGAUUACCACUUGGAUUUCUCUCUCUGAUUUUGUACUCGAUUUGUUGUGCCGACAUUUUGGAUGCCGAUGAAGAUGAUGAAGAAGAAUUAUUACACGAAAAGAAGGAAUAAGUCCGGAGAUAGAUAUUCGUGAGACAGGUACGUAUAAAAUUUCAUAAGUGUUAUGUUCUCAACAUUCUAAGGGUUAGAGUCUAACCAAAUGUCUAUAAUUGGAGUGUGUAGUUAAUCUGUAUGUUGUCUUUGGUUUUAAUCAGGAAAUUCUUUCAGGCGAUUAAUUUUAUAUGGCAAAAAUAUUGUAAUUAAUCAUGUUUAAAUAAUAAUUGGUAGUUGUUUUGGUGCCAUAUUGUAUUUCUAGUUUUUACUGUACCUGUUUAGGAUAUUUGAAAAAAUACCCAUUUCCCCAUGUUGAUCUACAAUAGGCUAUUUGACAAUUUUUGUAACCUCUGGAAUAUUCCUCAAAAUAUGCAGCUAAAAUGCAAUUUUUUCACAAGUGAUGUCACUUGGAAGUAUAAACAGUCGUGUGCCUUGUUUCCUUUAUAUAUUUUUAGAAUUCAAUGUUGUUUCAAAUACCCUUAGCUUCCAUUGACAUUUCUUUAGGGGAAAUCAAUCUAUUUAGGCAUAUUUUAUUAUAUAUUGAAAUUCUUAGCGCACUAUAAACUCAAAGAAACGAAAAUGCAAAUGUCACAGGUAUUUACUUCAAAUUGAUGUCACUGUAAGUUCGCUCAAUUCAGUUCGUUUCUGAAGCUUUUUGGCAUAUUUAAUAUUGUACGUUUCCUGUUGAAUUAUUGUGUAUGAUUCAUGAGGAUGUCAAUAAAUAGGACAAUAUUCUUAUAUUGUCAAAUAGCCUUUUUUUGUAUUGAAAAUUGUCCUUGAAAUAGAUAGUGGAGUUAGUCAAGUGAAAGUAUCAAGGUAAUUUAUUACAUGUUUCACACAAUGCUAACGAAAUUCCAUUCAGAUCAAAAAUACACAGGAAUUAUUUGGUCGAUUAUAUUAUGACAUUUGAAUAUAUUCCAUUCUACAUACGGCUCAGGUGAAACACCAAAAUUUUGUUACUUUUCUUUAUAAAUAAGAACUGAUCUCAUCAAUGAAGUUUUUCUAUUUAUUUAUAUUUUAGAUGUUGUUAUUUCUAAUAUAAAGUACUUAAAUUGA